AUGAAAGAAGACAAAGAAAAGACAACCCCUAUUCAGACGCCCCCGCCUGGGGAAGACCACAGAACAAACACUGCAGAAAAGCAAUUGCAAAGUACCACAAGUGGACAGAACAUUCAACAGCCGUUCAGACAAAACCAGACUGUAUAUAAUGGUGAAAAGCGACAUAAGUGCUUCGCAUGUGGAAAGACCUUUCUAAGUACAACUCAGUUAAGGAGACAUCACAGGGUUCAUACUGGUGAAAAGCCUUAUGAGUGUGCAACAUGUGGAAAAGCCUUUACACAAAAAAAAUAUGUUAAGAACCAUGAGAAGAUUCAUACUGGUGAAAAGCCUUACGAGUGCUCAACAUGUGGAAAGGAAUUCAAAACAGCAGAACAUCUAAAGAGACAUCAGAUGAUUCAUACAGGUGAAAAGCCUUAUGAGUGUGCAACUUGUGGGAAGGCAUUUACACAGAAGUAUAGUCUUCAGAGACAUCAGCAAAUGAGUCACACUGGUGAAAAGCCUUAUGAAUGUGCAACUUGUGGGAAAUGCUUUCCACGCCCAGAAAGUCUUCAGCGUCAUCAGAAAAUCCAUACUGGAGUAAAGGCCCAUCAGUGCACCACAUGUGGAAAGGAAUUCACACUUUUGGAAUAUUUAAGGAGCCACCAAAUGAGUCACACUGGUGAAAAGCCUUAUGAAUGUGCAGCAUGUGGAGUGGCCUUUCAACACAUUACACAUCUCAGCAGGCAUCAGAAGAUUCAUACAGGAGAAAAGCCACAUCAGUGUGCCACGUGUGGAAAGGCCUUUACACAAAAAAGUCAUUUAAUCGUACAUCAGAUGAUUCAUACAGGUGAAAAGCCUUAUGAGUGUGCAACUUGUGGGAAGGCAUUUACACAGAAGUGUAGUCUUCAGAGACAUCAGCAAGUCCAUGCAGAAGAAAAACUGAAUCAGCUUACCACAGGUACUGACACUGGUAAAAAGUCGUACCAGUGUUCAACAUGUGGAGUGGCUUUCGCACACACAUCAAGUCUCAGUAGGCAUCAGAAAAUCCAUACUGAACAAAAGUCACAUCAGUGUGCCACAUGUGGAAAGGCUUUUGCACAAGGCAGUUAUUUAAAAAUACACCAGAGGAUUCAUACUGGUGAAAGGCCUUACCAGUGUGCAACAUGUGGAAUGGAUUUUGCAGCCAAAUGGUGUUUAAGUAAACAUGAAAAAAGAUGCAAUACCAGUGUACCACAUGUGUGAAGUCCUUUAGAAGAACUCUCAUACUCAUAGGAGGACUCACAGUGACAAAUGCCUUACCAGUAUAUAACAUGUGGAAUGGGUUGUGCAGCAUUACAUGAUCUGAAGCCACUUUGUAGCAGCAGCUGUGCUUGUCUUCAAAUAAUGAAAAUGAAACCCUCAGAAACAAGUAUAGGCCUACACCUUUGCUCAUCUAGUCUCUGUGUAUAAAGAAACACGUUUCUUUUCUUGUGGGCGGACAAUGUUUAUGUAUUGGAUUGUGUGUAAAUAUGUGUAGUUUCUGUAAGUAUCUGACCGUGUGCAAUAAUCAUGGGGCUGACUGUAAGUGAUGUAAUGGGUUGUAGGU